AUGGCUGUAGCAGGAGCCAAAGAAACACAGCAAGUGAAAAUCGUGACCACGGAUAAGGUGAGUCGUCUGUUCUACGGUGCCACACCUUACAAGGAGUUUAAAAUUCUUUCAUCCCUCAUACACAUAUAUCUACGAAUACGUGCGCUGAGAGUAAGAAAAUGUUCCUCAUCUGCCCAGCAGCAGAUGGGUGAUAAACUCCACAUCAUAUCUGCUGCGAAAGCUGGGUCGACUCCUAUCAUUAGAAUCCCAUCUAAACAAAACCCUUCUCCAACUCCUCCAACGGGGGAGGGAUAUUGCAAAUAUGCAAACUACGAAAACAUCCUGGAGCAGUCGAUACACAGAGGACGUCCAAAGAGGCGGGCGGGCGGACCUCCCACCAGAGCUGCCAAGAAAAAUUAG